AUGCUGUCAGGAGUUGUUUACUUUCUGCACAGCAUUCUUGAGAGAUCUACUCUAGAGACGAAAUUUAUUCCUCUUUGCGCCCAUUGGUGUAAAAUACCAGAACCUUUGCUUCUUCAUUUCGGCAUCAUUUCACGCUUUCUUUCCUCAUUCUUCAAGAGCAGUACAUUUUGCAGAGAAUUCGACAUGAGUGAGGCGGAGUCGUUGGGAAGCAGCAGUGGCUCGGACGAGAUCGCCUUCUCACAACUACUCGCCUCGGUUGCCCGCCCGAUUCCACAGCCCUUCGUCGCUUCGCCGUGGGGCUCAGCGGUCUCGCAGCCUAUGUUGGGCGGUUCGUUCGGACUGGCGCCGACUCCUCCGCCCAUCAAUGACCAGCGGUGGGGCGCGCGUUCUCCGCGGUUCGCGUCGGUGCCAGGCGCGCUCAGCGACAAACACUUCGUAAACCUCGAAUCGUCGGCCCAUUGCGAUCCUAUCGUUCGUCACCCUACGACGACGAUCUGUGCGUGGUUCGUCACGGACUGA